AGCUAGCGUACGGCCAAUUUGCGCGUCACGAGGGAGGCAGGCCAUAUCCAUAUGUUGAGGGUUGCCACACAUACCAAGGAACAGUUGAUGUGGCCACUUUAUAUUUCCUUGCCUUGACGUGCGCGCGUAUGCAUGACCUUCUUCCGGUACCUACCGGAACUCCUCUCCUGGGCCUCCCCUUCUUCCAGCUCUUCUUGAUAAGGCCACACUCCGUAGAAGAACAGCACCUUGCGAUGAAAAUGGCGAGAGCCCUGCUCGUCGCUCCUCUUCUCGCCUCGUGCUUUGUGGCGCUCGGCCUGUCCGGCCGCGCCGAUGCGGCGGCCGAGACGAAGACCGUCGGUGUCUACGAGCUCAAGAAGGGGGAUUUCUCCAUCAAGGUCACCAACUGGGGUGCCACCCUCAUGUCCGUGAUCCUCCCCGACUCGAGAGGAAACUUGGGGGAUGUGAUCCUGGGCUACGAUACGGUUGCUGAGUAUGUGAAUGGCACCGCCUACUUUGGAGGGUUGAUCGGCCGCGUCGCCAACAGGAUCGCCAACGCCCGGUUCACGCUGGACGGGAAGGCCUACCGGCUGGUUCCCAACGAUGGCAACAACACGCUACACGGUGGUCACCGGGGAUUCGAUAAGGUCGUAUGGACGGUGAAGGAGCACGUCGCCGGCGGCAGCUCCCCAUUCAUCACUCUGUACUAUCAUAGCUUCGACGGAGAGCAAGGGUUUCCAGGCGAUGUGGACGUGCACGUGAAGUACCAGCUCUCCGGCCCGCACGAGCUGAGCGUGCGCAUGAACGCGACGGCGCGGGGCAAGGCCACCCCGGUGAACCUCGCGCACCACGCCUACUGGAACCUCGGCGGCCACGGCAGCGGCAGCGUCCUCGGCGAGGAGGUCCGCCUCUUCGCCUCCCGGUACACGCCCGUGGAUGCCGCGCUCAUCCCGACGGGCCACCUGGCGCCCGUGGCCGGCACGCCCUACGACUUCCGCACGCCGGCCGCCGUGGGCUCGCGCAUCGGUGGUCUCCUGAGCCGGGGCGUUAAUGGGUACGACAUCAACUACGUCGUGGACGGCGGGGGCCUGCGCCCGGUGGCAGUUGUCCGGGAUGGCGCGUCCGGUAGGGCGAUGGAGCUGUGGGCGGAUCAGCCCGGGGUGCAGUUCUACACCGCCAACGGGCUGAGUGGCGUGAGGGGGAAGGGCGGCAAGGUCUAUGGCCGAUACGGCGCGCUCUGCUUGGAGACGCAGGGGUUCCCCGACGCCGUGAACCGCCCGAGUUUCCCGUCGCAGAUCGUCCGGCCGGGGAAGGUGUACAUGCAUCACAUGGUGUUCAAGUUCUCCUUCUAGUAUAGCUAGUGGUAGUGUGGUACCCGAGCUUGGUCGUUUGUCAGGCAACACAGCCGCUCUUGUGUUUUGUGUGCUGUCUGAAUUUGAUCGGUUGAGCUUCAAUGGAGGAAUAAAAGCUUGCAUGCUGCAGGUUCAAGCUUUUUUUUUUA